AUGGCUACCAAAGGACACAUUUCCCUCGCCUACCCUGGCGAUCUUACCGUUUCCGUGACACAAUAUGGCGGGGAGAAGGUCAAUGGUGCCAUCGAAAUAGAUGGACCUCGCAUGGCCGGAGCCAUUCUCGAACAGACCGUUUUAUUUCGGGUUGAGAAGCUUAAGUUAAUUGAAAAUAGUGAUUACUUUCAGAAUAUGUCCAACGGAGCAUGGGCUGAGUCCCAUGGUGAUUCGAUCUCUCUAAAAGAGGACAACAUCAAGAGCAUGGAACUCUGGUUCAGACUGUUCCACUCCACCCUCUCGCAAGUGCCAGAUCAUGAAGUCUCCAUAGCCCAAGUGUGGCAUAUGAUCGUGGCGGGCGACAAUUACUUACCACAAAAAAUAAUCCAAAUAGAGUUUACUAACGAUGAAACCCCAGAACAACUCAAUGAAGCCAAAGGUCGUCUGCGUAAUAUUCUCCGACGCGAGCUGUUCUCUCACAUGAACCAUAUUAUUGAAGAGGCUAGAUGCGAUUGUAAAGAGGGUACAGUGUUUAGGUAUCUGCGCGAGCUUACUAGAAUCUGUGUGUGGCCAUUGGAAGACAAUCUUUAUAGAAAUAGUAUUGUCACCAUCCUUGACCGGCUGGAAAACUUUCGAAAUGCCAGUAUGGAGCCGGAGAGUCGUCCUAGGGUGUCUAAUGCCCAUGCCGUGGAUACCAAAUCCAAUUCUGCGCAGAGUCAAACACCAAAGAAGCGGACUGAUCUCAACCGACGUUGUCUUUGUGUCCGUGAUUGGAAAGUUGCUGUGAUGCAAGCGCGAAGAAAGACGAGUGGGUAUUUUGAGGGUUUAUGCAUUGACGGUAUGAAUGCAACGAAGAAUCUCCGAUGGGGCGACGAUUCAGAUUACUGGGGUGAUAAUCAUGAUGAGGGCACUGUCAAGAUUAUGAUUUACAACUUGAACCUGCAUUUUGUUAUUUGCAUGCAAUCUGGCGUAGGUGAUUUCUUUCGAUUAGGAGCAGAUGGCGGCUCCGGAUAUGAAGAACCUCAUGCACAAGAUCUUGUAGAGCGCAUUUCAUUUGCCACUACUCCACAUGUAAAAAUACAAAGCGGGAAAAGUUCCUGUUUAGAGGACGUAGCUAAUAAAUAUGGAAUGAACAUCACCACAAAGCAUAAACUCAAAAGAAUUUUUAUAAGAAUGGUGAUAGUAACUUUUGUCCAGGGGGGUUUCUUGUGGGCCAACACGACUGUGCACACAUGUGCCAAGCAUUGGGACGGUGAUGAUGCUCCUUUUUCUCCAAAGCGUGUCAGCACUCCAAACCUAAGCUUGGAACUCCUAAACAUUCCUCAAUUCAUUCUUGCAAUCCUGAUGCACGGAAUGCUCUAG